AUGCUGAUUUGUGGAGGAAGUAUGGAAGUCCGCUACAAGCUGUUCAUGGGUACACUUAAAAAGGCGGCACUUGACUGGUUCAGCGGCUUGCCUGACCGAUCCAUCACCGACUUCGACGUCUUCAGUCGGCUCUUCAUGGCACAGUUUGCCGCUAACAAGAAGAAGCUGCCGAUCACGUCGGACUUGUUCGAUUUCAAGCAGCAGCGGAAGGAGUCGUUGAAGGACUUUCUGCAGAGAUUUAAUGAGGUCGCCUUGAGGAUAGCAUCUUUGGAUGAGAGGAUGGCUGUCAUUGCAUUCCAGAAGGGCCUGAGGUCUGGAGCUUUCGACAUCGCGCUGGAAAGAGCAAAUUGGCAGACGAUGUCGGAAGUGAGAGCCUUUGAAUUGAGUCACAUUAAGACAGAGGAAGGGCAGAUUAGCAAAAGAGCAGCGAAGAGCCGAGAAGCAAGGGACAACAAUAAGGAGGGAAAUAAGCAUCUCCGACCGGAUCGGAUUGGAGUAAGCGACACGACCGUUACAACAUGA